AUGAAGCUCCGACCUCAUCUCCGCGUCCAACAGUCCCGAUCAGCCUUCGCAGAGGGAAAUACCCGAUGGACCAACCUAGACCUGGACCCUGUCCCCCGCCAUCUCCGCAAAUGGGGACCCAUGAGCUUCAUCUCAUAUUGGAUCUCCGACGCCUUCAACGCGGCCACCUGGCAAUUCGCCAGCAGCAUGAUGGCCGUGGGACUCGGCUGGCGCGACUCGCUCAUCAUCGUCGCCAUCUCCUUCCUGAUCAUCUCGUUCGUCAUCGCCGGAAAUGGCGCCGUGGGCGCCAUCUACCACAUUCCAUUCCCGGUCAUCGCCCGCGCCAGCUGGGGCUUCUGGGGCUCGUACAUCGCGAUCGUGUCGCGAGUCAUCCUGGCGCUGUUCUGGUUUGCGAUCCAGAACGUCAACGGGGCGAACGCAGUGCGCGCCAUGAUCGGCGCCAUCUGGCCCAGUUUCCUCACGCUCGAGAACGGCAUCCCCGAGAGCGAGGGCAUCACGACGAACGGCAUGGUGUCGUACCUCAUCUUCUGGCUCGUGCAGUUCCCGUUCCUGUGCUUCCAUCCUAAUAAGCUCCGCUGGCUGUUCAUGGUCAAAUCCGUGCUGGUGCCCAUUGCCUGGAUCGCGAUCUUGAUCUGGGCGUUUGUCGCCGAGAGUGGCGGCGGGUUGCUCCAUCAGAAGGCGACCGUCUCCGGGUCGAAAUACAGCUGGCUCUUUCUCGCCAACAUGACCUCCGUACUGGGGAACUAUGCCACGCUCAGCGUCAACCAGUCCGACUUCUCGCGCUACUCCCGGGUCAGCGCAAAAUGGCAACUCCUGUACAUCCCCAUGCUGCCCAUAAUCUUCACCUUCCUCUCCUUCAUCGGGAUCGCAGCGAGCAGCGCAGGGCAGGCACGAUACGGCGGCCCCAUCCCGUGGGACCCGAUCGACCUAAUCAGCAACUGGACGAGCCGCGCAUGCCGAUUCUUCGGCGCCUUCAGCUUCGCGCUCGCCUCCCUGGGGGUCAACAUCUCGGCGAACUCCAUCUCGGCCGCGAACGACCUGACGGCGCUGGCGCCGGGGUACGUGAAUCUGCGCCGCGGCCAGAUCAUCUGCGGGCUGUUGUCGUGGUGUCUGGUGCCGUGGAAGAUCCUGGCGUCCGCGGGGAAUUUCUUAAAUUUCAUGUCUGCGUAUGCGAUCUUCCUGGGCCCGAUUGCGGGGAUCAUGUUGGUGGAUUUCUGGGUGGUGAAGCGCAGGAAGUAUGAUACUUUGGCGCUGUAUCAGCGCGAGAAGAGCACGUAUGCGUAUGAGGGCGACUGGGGGGUGAAUUGGAGGGCUGUGCUGGCGUUUGUGGUGGGUGUGGUGCCUAGUUUGCCGGGGCUGAUUCAUUCGGUUAAUGGGAGCGUGGAGGUCGGGGUUGGUCUGCGUCCGUAUCAGUUUGGGUGGUUGUUGGGGUCCUUGGUCGACGUGGCGGUUAUGGCGGAGGAUGUUUACGAUGCUAGGGAGGGGGAUGUUGGGAGUACGGAUGAUCAGGAGGGCGAGAUGGGGAAGGUUGAGUCUUAG